AAACGGAAAUUUUACGUAACACCGCUAGAAGCUAUGACGCAAUUUUUGUUUCAAGUGGUUGGUGUCUCGGAACAAGUUUUAACUGCAUGUCUUACACAUGGCGCGUACUUUUUAUUCUGUUAGAGCAGUUUUCGGACUAACAUGUGAGUGAAUGAAUGAGAGUAACAAUUUUCUGAAUUCCUGCAGAUACAUUUGAAUUAAUCUGUAUCGUACUUUUGUUUCUUUUACGAAAGUAUAUUAAAUUAAUUGGAUAAUCUGUUAAUUUAAACGUAGCUUAACAAAUUAACGAUGGCUCCUAUUUUGGAUCCAGCAGAGCUGGCUUCUGUUAUUGACAAUUAUGUGAAAACCAACAGGGUGAUGAUAUUCAGUAAAACAACAUGCCCAUUUUGUGCAAAGGUCAAGCAGUUAUUUACUUCUUUGAAUGUAGAAUUCUUUUCCUUGGAAUUAGACACUUUAGAAAAUGGCCUUCAGAUGCAACAAGCAAUGGCUGCCAAAGCUGGACGAUCUACUGUCCCACAAGUAUUUAUUGAUGGGCAGCAUAUUGGUGGUUGUGAUAAUACAAUGGCAGCACACAGUAGUGGAAAACUUCAAGAAAUGCUUUGCAUUACAAAUGAAAAAUAUGAUUAUGACUUGAUAGUCAUUGGAGGUGGAUCUGGUGGACUGUCUGCAUCAAAAGAAGCAGCUAGGCUUGGGAAAAAAGUUGCUGUCCUAGAUUUUGUCAUACCUACUCCUCUUGGAACUACCUGGGGCCUUGGAGGAACAUGUGUAAAUGUUGGUUGUAUUCCUAAAAAGUUAAUGCAUCAAGCUGCAUUGUUAGGUCAGGCUAUAAAAGAUUCCGAAAAAUUUGGUUGGAAUAUUACAGGUGCUGUUCAGCAUAAUUGGGUGGUUAUGCGAGAAAAUAUUCAAAAUUAUAUAGGAUCAUUAAACUGGAACUACAAAGUUCAGCUUAGAACUCAACAAGUAAAAUAUAUUAAUGCUUAUGGAGAAUUUGUAGACCAUCAUCAAGUAAAGACCAUUGAUAAGAAAGGCAAAGAAUCUCUCUUAACUGCCAAGGAUUUUAUCAUUGCUACUGGUGAAAGGCCAAGGUAUCCUGAUAUUGAAGGUGCUAAAGAAUACUGCAUUACAAGUGAUGAUUUGUUUUCUUUGGAAAAUUCUCCUGGUAAAACACUUGUUAUUGGAGCAUCAUAUGUUGCCCUAGAAUGUGCUGGAUUUCUGUUUGCACUUGGUUUAAAUGUAACUAUUAUGGUACGAUCCAUUUUACUCAGAGGAUUUGAUCAAGAUAUGGCAGAAAGAAUUGGAGAAUAUAUGAAAUCUGAAGGAAUAAAUUUUAUACGACCAUGUGUUCCUUUAAAAAUAGAAAAAACUGAAUCUGGCCAUCCUCAUAAACUAAAAGUUAUAGCUCGUAUGCAAAGUGGAGAGGAAAUUGUAGAUGAAUAUGAUACUGUUCUCCUAGCCAUUGGCCGAAAUGCAUGCACGGACCGUAUAGGCUUGGAUAAAGUUGGUGUUAAAGUUAAUCCUAACAAUGGUAAAGUGCCUGUUGAGAAUGAGCAGACCAAUAUUCCACAUAUCUAUGCUAUUGGUGAUAUUUUAGAAGGAAAACCUGAACUUACUCCAGUUGCUAUUGAGGCUGGUUUAUUACUUGCACGUAGGUUAUAUGGAAAUAGUGAUAUCCAGUGUGAUUAUGAUAAAGUUCCAACUACUGUUUUUACACCUUUGGAAUAUGGCUGUAUUGGUUUUUCUGAAGAAAAGGCUAUAGAAAAGUAUGGAGAAGAUAAUAUUGAGGUAAGUUUCAACUCCAUGAGGAAAGACAGUCUUUCAGGUGAGUGUGCCAGUGGCAGUGUAGGCCUCCUCACCUCAUUGAACUAUCCAUCAAAUGUACUUCCUUUGACGACAUCCCUCCAAGUUGUCAUUACUCAG